AAGCUGCGUCCGGAAGUGGCGCACUCGUGUUGUUGACUUGACCAGAUCCUAACUCCGUGCCCAGCCAACAGUGAACUGCCGAGUAUCUGAUGGUACUCGGUAAAACGCGUUCACUUUUCCAUAGACCAGAGUUUGCACAGCUGUGAGACUGCAGCAUGUCCCCAUCAGUCCCCCUGCAGGAGAUGAUUCGGGCUAUCCGGUCAGCCCGGACACAGUGCGAGGAGCGGGGGGUCAUCCAGAGGGAGUGUGCUGCUAUUCGGGCGCAGUUCAGACAGGCGGACAAUGAGGGUCGAUCACACAAUCUGGCCAAACUACUCUAUGUGCACAUGCUGGGCUACCCAGCUCACUUUGGUCAGAUGGAGUGCGUCCGUAUGAUUGCCAGCCCUCGCUACAGUGAGAAGCGCGUGGGAUACUUGGGAGCUAUGAUGCUACUGGAUGAAAAGCAAGACGCUAGCCUCCUCAUCACCAACUCUAUUAAAAAUGAUCUUUCCCACAGUAGCCAGUUUGUGCAGUCUCUGGCCUUGUGCACUCUGGCCUGUAUGGGCUCAGCUGAGAUGUGUAGAGAUCUAGCACCAGAGAUUGAUAAACUGCUUCGGUCCUCAAACUCCUACAUUAAGAAAAAGGCUGCACUUUGUGCGGUUCAUAUUGUAAGAAAAGUUAACGAACUUGGAGAACUUUUUGCUCCUGCUGCUCGCUCCCUUCUCUCUGAGAAGAACCAUGGGGUGCUGCAUGGAGCUGUGGUGCUCAUCACAGAACUGUGUGAGCGCAGUCCAGAAACACUGGAGCGAUUCAGAAAGUCGGUGCCAGAGCUGGUCCAUAUUAUGAAGGGCCUAGUGCUCUCAGGUUAUUCCCCAGAACAUGAUGUUGCGGGAAUCAGUGAUCCCUUUUUACAGGUCCGCAUCCUGAGACUGCUAAGAAUUUUGGGACACAAUAACGAAGUAGCCAGUGAUGCUAUGAACGAUUUACUAGCCCAGGUGGCGACCAAUACAGAUAGCACAAAGACUGCUGGCAACGCUGUAUUGUAUGAGACUGUUCUUACUGUGUUGGAUAUCAAAUCAGAAAGCGGCCUUAGGGUUCUGGCUGUAAAUAUACUUGGACGAUUUCUACUUAACAAUGACAGAAAUAUACGAUACAUAGCUAUGACAUCUCUUCAAAAGAUAGUUGGGACAGAUCACAUUGCAGUCCAACGUCACAGAGGAACCAUAGUGGACUGUCUAAAAGAUCCCGAUGCCUCUGUCAAACGUCGUGCACUAGAGCUGUCUUUGGCCCUGGUUUCUGCCUCCAACAUUCGCUCCAUGAUGAAGGAGCUUCUCAACUUCCUUUCCACCUGUCCAUUAGAGCUCAGGGCUCAAGCAGCCAGUGGCAUUUUUGCUGCAGCUGAAAGAUAUUCACCUUCUCAGCGGUGGCACAUUGACACCAUUCUGCAUGUUCUUACCACGGCAGGGGGUGAUGUAAGAGAUGAAACCGUUCCAAACUUGAUCCAGCUUAUCACUACAGCAUCAGAACUGCACUGUUACACUGUGCACAAACUGUACAGGGCUCUGCUGCAGGACAUCUCCCAGCAACCCCUGGUCCAGGUGGCUUGCUGGUGCAUAGGAGAGUAUGGUGACCUUCUAUUAAAAGGAGACUGUCAAGAAAUUGAACCAGUGCAGGUAAAUGAAAAUGAUGUCCUAGAUGCUCUGGAAACCGUUCUACAGUCCCACAUGUCAUCUCCUACCACAAGAGGUUUUGCCCUAACAGCUACAAUGAAACUCAGUACACGCAUCACAGAGAACGUUGAUCGGAUCAGAAGCAUUGUCAGUAUCUAUGGUAGCUGUAUAGAUUUGGAGCUCCAGCAGAGAGCAGUUGAAUAUAAUGCAUUGUUCAAAAAAUACGACCACAUGAGGGCAGCAGUGUUAGAGAGGAUGCCCAUAAUGGAGAAAAACUCAACUGGUCAGACUAAUGGAGAGACAACAGGCGAGCUUGUCAAAGAAGUUCAGCCAGUAAAAGUCAUUCAGGGUCAACCACCAACUCAGCCUCCUGCUAGUCAAGUGUGUGACCUCUUGGAUUUGUUGGGUGACUCUAAUGAUAGUGGGAAGCCAAGUUCUUCUUCUGCCCAGUCCUCUAACAACACCAGCAGUCCAGGGGGAGACCUACUGGAUUUACUGGGGGGAUUAGACCUCAUGCCACCCACACCAGUGCCCACAAUACCGGUAUAUGAGAAGAAUGGUGUAAAUUUGACACUAAGUUGUCAAAAACAGUCAGAAACAAGCCUGAUUGUUACACUGACAGCCUCCAAUUCCACUGACGCCGACAUCACUACCUUCACUCUUCAGGCAGCAGUGCCCAAGAGUGUACAGUUACUUAUGAAGGCUCCCAGUGGCGACCACCUUCCUGCUUGUGGCACAGUUAAGGUCACACAAGUGGUGGUGCUCAAUAAUCCUAACAAGGUGAACCUAAAGAUGAGGAUACGGGUGUCCUUUACAAGCCAAGGAGUUGCUUUUCAGGAUACAGUCCAGGUUGAUUCUUUACCUGAGUGCAGGUAGUCAGACCCUACACAAAGCACAGCUAACACUCCAUGAUGAAACUGUAUUUGAUGUCACAGAUGUAAAAUUUUAUAAAAUAACAGAUGCUGCUGUUCCACACCUGCAUAAAAGCUCUGUUUAUCUGUGUGUGACUUGAAAAUAUUUAAGUAUUUUUACUUACAACAUAAAACAAGACACUAUUAAUUUAUAGAACAAAAACACUUGUAUUUUAUACUUUUUAUGCAUGUAUCAAAUGCCACUCAGAUAGGAUCAAUCACUAUUUACUAUUGUGAUGCUUGGAGUUUUGCUAAGAAAGUGACUUAUACAAUAUACAUAAUCACUUGUUUUAAUUUUCUUGUGCCUUUCAAGUAGAAUUCUUGUGCCGACAAUGGAAUUUUACAAAGCUUAUUAACUUCUACCACAAAGGGUUUCUUUAUUACCUCAAUUAUAGUUUACUGAUAACUCUUCCGAAUUGUUUUAAAUGCUGUUUAAAU